AUGUCUGUCGAUGAUUCAUGGGUAUUUGAUUCCUUGGUAUGUUUUUUACAUGGACCUGUUUGGAAUGCACCAUUGCAAACAUUUAUAGAAGAGAAAUCAUUAAUAUUUGAUCCCAAUUUACCACUGGAUGAAAAUAAUUCGGAUAUUAAACAAAUACAUGAUGACUACAAAAAUUUGGUGGACUAUAUGUUGGGCACAUUUAUGGAGGAAAUGCAAAUAACACCAGAACAAUUUGAAAUGGCUUGCAUGGAGGGUAAGCAACAGCACAAGGAUAAUCCUUUUCAAUUUCAUCAGGGUCUAUUCCAACAGAUUUGGGCUGCUAAUGAUAUAAAAAUUUUCAUACGCAUGAUGACUCAACGUAAUGUUGAAUUACAGCUACAGGCCUUAGAUUUGAUUGAGAAAAAUCAAUUGGCUUUGCUGCAGGAACACGAUAGUUUUGAUAGUCCUACUGAUAGUGUACAUUCACAGAGCGAUAAAUUGACAGAUGUUGAAGAUUUUAUUGCCAAGUCGGUGGAAAAAGAAACAGAAACUCCAGAGGCUGCUGUAACACCUGAUCAAGAAGAUAAUGAACAGGAAGUUACCGACAAAUUUGAACGAUUGAAUUUAUUUUUUGAAAAAAAUCAAAAGAUUAAUCCCGACGAGAUGUUAACACGUCAGGAAUACUUACGGCAACAACGCGAUAAAAUAAUCGAAAUCAAAAAGAAAACCCGAGCCAAACAACUGCAAGAAACUGUAGCCAAAACAUUGACAGCAGCUACAUCAACAGCAACAAAUGCUCGUCCAACAUCCGCUCAAGUGGCACAAAAACUAUUGGAAAAUGUAUCGAAACCCAUUGCUGGCUUAGAUAAAGUGGAUGACACUGAAACCAAUACAGCUUUGCAAUUGAGAAAAACUUUAGCAAAACGUUUGAAAGCCGAAGUGGUAGAACACAAUUAAAAACCAUGAUUUUUGAUAAUUUAGUUUCCAACUAA